ACGCAACUCCACGUUGCAGCAUACUGGGGCUUACAGAAGCUCCUAACCGUCCUCUGUCAAAGGGCCAUUGACAUUAACGGUCAAGACAGCUAUGGAGCGACUGCGCUGCAGUUGGCUGCCCAAAAUAACCACAGCCAAGGAGUACGAUUACUGCUUGAAAAAGGAGCCAAGAUCGACCUGCGCAAUGGUAAAGGCGAGACGGCUGUAGCCUGGGUGAGCAGACACGGCCACCUAGCAAUCGUCGAACUCCUUAUUCAGAGUGGAGCAGACGCAUUAGUGGAGGACAAUGAAGGAUGGACAGCGCUCCACUGGGCUAUCAUGGGCGGGCAU